UGUGCCGACGCUAGCUAGCUUGUGCAAAGUGGAAUGCUGCUUGCUGAAUUGUGUGCCCUGCAUGUGUACGUGUGAGUAAACGUUCGACUUGUUUGUUGUGUUGAACUCACUGCUGCAGCCACUGCCUACUCUGGUAUAGACACGUGAUCAAUGACGGCUUUGGUCAGCCAUGGCUGCCGUGUCAUGGAAGGAGAUUUUACUUUUGACUGGACUGGUUGUAGGAUGUUACUGGAACAGUCUGUCAUGCGGCUUUGUGUUUGAUGACGUCUCAGCAAUCCUUGACAACAAGGACUUACGGCCCUCAACUGCUAUCCGUAACCUAUUUCUCAAUGACUUUUGGGGAACGCCCAUGGCUGAGGAGCGGAGCCAUAAAUCUUAUCGACCCCUCACCGUAUUAACCUUCCGUCUCAACUACCUCUUCAGUGAGCUGAGCGCAGCUUCGUACCAUCUGCUCAAUGUGGUUUUACACGCUGUAGUGUGUGUGCUUUUCCUACGAGUGUGCCGAUUGUUCCUGGACAAGACUUCCAGCUUGGUUGCUGCAUUGCUGUUUGCUGUGCACCCCAUCCACACUGAAGCAGUCACAGGCGUGGUUGGCAGAGCUGAACUUCUGUCUUCAAUCUUCCUCCUGGCUGCUUUCCUAGCAUACACAAAAUCAACAGGUGCAGACCACUCCAUUGUUUGGGCUCCUAUUGCUUUGACAGUAAUUCUAGUGGCUGCAGCAACACUGUGUAAAGAGCAGGGGAUCACUGUCAUCGGCGUCUGCUGUGUCCAUGAAGUGUUUGUUGCACAAGGGUUUACCUUGCCCAUGCUCCUGGACACUCUGUGGCAAGUCCUCCAGGGUAAAGAUGGUUUCCCCUAUGCUGUCCUGCAAACUCUCCUGAAGCUCAUUGUACUUAUCAUCAGCACCCUGCUGCUUGUCAUCGUUAGAGUUCAAGUCAUCCAGUCCCAGCUUCCAGUCUUCACCAGAUUUGACAACCCAGCAGCAGUCAGCCCCACUCCCUCGAGACAACUGACUUUCAACUACCUACUCCCUGUGAAUGCAUGGCUCCUGCUGAAUCCCUCCGAGCUCUGCUGCGACUGGACCAUGGGCACCAUCCCUCUGGUGGAGUCGCUGCUAGACCUCCGCAACGUAGCCACACUUGUGUUCUACACUUUUCUGGGCCUGUUGGCGUACCACAGUCUGCGCUACAGACACAGCUCUGCCAAGAUUGUCAUUAUGGCCCUGUGUUUGAUCAUCCUUCCUUUUAUUCCUGCAUCCAACCUCUUCUUCCCGGUGGGUUUUGUUGUGGCAGAGAGGGUACUUUAUGUGCCCAGCAUGGGCUUCUGUGUUCUUGUCGCACAUGGCUUCAAGAUUGUCUCGCACAAAGGCCACUUGAAGAAAAUUUCCUGGCUGAUGAUUGGAGUGCUUUUAACCACACAUGCAGUGAAAACCUUCAACAGGAAUUGGGACUGGGAGUCAGAAUAUACUCUCUUCACCUCUGCCCUUAAGGUCAACAAGAACAAUGCCAAGUUAUGGAAUAAUGUUGGCCACGCGCUUGAGAAUCAGAAUAAUUAUGCUAAGGCCCUGCGUUAUUUUCUCCAGGCCACUCGCGUCCAGCCAGAUGACAUUGGCGCACAUAUGAAUGUUGGAAGAACCUACAAGAAUUUGAACAAGUCCAAAGAGGCAGAAGAUGCAUACUUGGUUGCCAAAUCCCUCAUGCCACAGGUUAUUCCAGGUAAGAAGUAUGCGACCCGCGUUGCCCCGAACCAUCUGAAUGUUUACAUAAACCUGGCUAAUCUGAUACGGGCCAACGAGUCACGCUUGGAAGAGGCUGACCAACUCUACCGACAAGCGAUAAGCAUGAGACCCGACUUCAAACAAGCCUACAUUAGCAGAGGAGAGCUCCUGUUGAAGAUGAACAAGCUCACAGAGGCACGGGACGCCUACCUCCGAGCCUUGGAGCUCGACCGCACCAACGCCGACCUGUGGUACAACCUGGCUAUCGUCAACAUUGAAAUGAAGGACCCAUCGGAAGCCCUGAAGAACUUCAACCACGCUCUGGAGCUCAACCCACGUCACAAGCUGGCUCUCUUUAACUCCGCUCUUCUCAUGCAGGAAUCUGGUGACCCGAAGUUCUGGCCUGAGGCUAACCGCCGUUUCCUCACCUAUGUGGAGGAGGAGCCUGAAGAUGCGAAUGGCUACUUCAACCUUGGCAUGCUGGCCAUGGAUGCCAAUGAAAAUGAAGCAGCCGAGAGGUGGAUGCGUAAAGCUAUUGAUUUGCAGGCCGGCUUCCGCAGUGCCCUAUUUAAUUUGGCAUUGCUUUACUCUCAGUCUAAACGGGAGAUUGAUGCGCUGCCAGUGCUGGAUGAGCUACUGCACCACCACCCUCAGCACAUCAAGGGGCUAAUUCUGAAGGGCGACAUCCUCAUGAACCAUAAAAAGGACACCCGUGGCGCUAAAACCUGCUUUGAGCGCAUUCUACACAUGGACCCCACCAACGUCCAAGGCAAGCACAACCUGUGUGUGGUCUACUUUGAGGAGCGCGACCUGCCGCGGGCAGAGCGCUGCCUGGAGGAAACACUAGCCCUCGCACCAAACGAGGAGUACGUGCGUCGUCACUUGAGUAUCGUACGGAGUAAAAUGGCUGCCAUGAGCGCAGCGGGGCAACCACUUUCUUCAGCAGAGGGAGCCACCACGACAGCCAAAGAGGAAAAGGUGAAGAGAGUCAUUGGGGGAGUGGAGGCGGCCGCUGAGGGUGAGGAGGAAGGGAGGGGUGCUGAUGCUGUCGGAGCGGGGGCUGGGGAUGAGAAGAAUGUGCGGAAAUCCUCUGCAAAAAGCCUUGUGGGUGUGAGCGUGGACAAAUCAGAGUCUUUGGACAGUAGCCAGUCUGACAAACGGACUAAGGGUAAGUCCACUAAAGAGAUUAAGGAUAUAGAGGAGAAAAGAGCAGCUGCCUUGAAGAGACUCGAGGAGAUUGAGCGAAUAUUAAGCGGCGAUUGACGUUGUUGUAAUUUGUUGCCGGACUACUUUUUAUAGAGCUCGUUAUGCAUUCGUUAUCAAUUGCCAUUUUAUUUCUUUGAUUUAAUCCUGUGACUGCAGGCCAUUCAGCAUGGUCCUGUUCUAACACUAACUGUGUAAAGAAGGGAAAUGUUGAUCUACACAUGAGACUCUUAACAAUAAGCACAAAGUCAAUUUGGGAUCAACUAUUUAAAGCUUAUGGCAGAUGUACAUGCCAGUGUGUUUGUGUGUGUGUGUUUGCUAUAUUUGAAUGCAAAUUCUCCAGCAGUUAUAAAUCCACACUUUUUUUUUUCUUCUUUAUGUGUAUUCAUAUUGUUUUGUCACUGGAUAUUUGUGUUCUUUUUUUUUUUCCACCAAGGUGUGACUCACUCCUGUGUUGUUGUUUUCUUCAAAAACAGAUUGAUUGUAUCACGGACAAUUAAAGGAAAUGACAUGUUCCCCAGAUUUCCUCAAGGCAGGAUGAUAUGUGCAGAGUCUGAGGCUCGAAAUAAUCCGGGCCACACGGAGCAACAUCACUGACUGCUCGGCAUCAACACCAGGUCUAUGAUCCAUUUCAAUGUCUACAAGUCUUUAUUGAUCUCACUCAGCACUUCCUGCCAUAUACAUCAUCAGCGUCUGCGCUCACAGCUGCAAUGCACUGCAAAAUUUCAUUGUGAUGCCAUCUAAAGACUAUUAUCUCAUUCCCUUUGUCACAUUACCCCCCUGCAUCCUCCUGUCUCUCUGCUACCCUUUAGAUACUACAGCGUUAUUUCAUUAGAGAUGAGUGUUUUUCCUGUGAAUGCUGUGAAUGUGUUUUUUUCUUUUUCCUCUGACCUGGAAACACCCAUUUUAAGUGACCGUCAACAAUGAUGUACUCUCAUCAUCAGUCUCCUGCUUCAUCAUGUGUUCUUCAUUUUCCUUCCGCUUCACAAGAGGAAUUUUCACAGCACAUUUGCAGAAAACAGAUCUUUUCCUUCAGACCGCUCCAGCACUACGCUGAUGCCACGUACUGAUACUAAAAUAUUAUUCAGAUGUUCCGCAUUUUCCAAGAACGGGUCAACAAGAACUUGUUUUGUUUGUGUCCGUUUCAGUCGGUGUGAACUGCAAAAGGUUCUUUCGACAUUUAAAGCUACACUAGCCAAACGUUAUUAAAAAUAAUCGCACUGUGGGAUCGCGCACCCACUGUCCUCGUCAGAUGAGCCCAGACAGAUGCUCUUGUUUCAUAUCCGACGAGUGAACCUGUGGCAACCUCUGUUUCUGAAACACUACUGAUAUUGACAGGUGUUUUAUUGCAGUUAUUUUAGUGACUCUUAUUUUUUUUAAGUGUUAUACAGUGAAUAGGUUGGUGCUGGAGUAGCAAUCAUUCCACCAAAGCAACCUGUAUGCAGGGCAGAUGUCGUCAAGUGGCCAACAGAACUGCACUGCCUUGUGAUUGGCUUGUAAACAGAGCCCAGAGGUACAGACGUGGUGUUCUCUCUCUUAAAUCGCUUGAUUUACAUUAUGCUGAAAAAUUAUUUUGGAAUCAAUGAUCGAUAAUGCUGUCUACAGUACGAAUACUGUACUUUAAACAGAUGAUGGCAAAUGCACACACUCAUUACGGUCUAAAAAAAAAAAAAAAUUAUAUAUCUUUUUUUUCUGGCUUUUCACUCCUGUCACGAUAAAACCACAGCCUCUGGCUGCUUUUCGAGAGGUCUGACUGAGAGGCCCAGUAAUCGAUCAUCAGUGGAGACGAACAUGAGUAGACCUGUGAUUGUCGCUGUGAGGCAGCAUCGGAUUCGCCACGCUUGUUACGGAACAAAUUGAGUCGAACUGUUCCUUCCGUUAGAUCUGACGUGAACUCCCAUGAUCAUGUUUUCACUCUCACUGUGCAAUAAUUGUUUUCAGUCCGGCGACUCGGCACAGUGCAAUUCUCCAGUCUGAUUACUGUAAUUUGAGAGCACUGUGGUGGUACUGGGCAGCUCUCCUAUGCAUUCUCCCUGAAUUUCUAUGUACAUAUAUUUACAGUGUUCGUGUAUCCAGUGUUAUUUAUUAUUAAUUUUCUUUUUUUUUAAUAUGCACUGCAAAUACUGUGGAUGUUUUUUGUUUACCAAUGACAGUAUACUUUAAACUCAUGGUCACGUUGCUUCAUUUAAAUAAUCGCUAAUAAUGGUCAGAACUUUCGAACAACUAAUUAAUUGUUGAACAUAAUCGACUGUCUGCCCCCCCGAAAAAGUAGGUACGGCUUUUCUGAAUAAGGAAACUUUAUUCUGUCACCUCGGGUUUUUUUUCUGAGCAACUGAUUUUUCUAUGAUUUUUUUUUUAUUAUGCAAUAGCCCUUGGUGGUGGGGUUCUAGGUUAUUAAAUAAACUGAGGCGAUGUCUCGUCA